AAACAACUGCAUCACUCUCGUGAUUAUUUCUCCCCUUUUUCAGUGAUCAUCAACAAUGGAGAAGGUGUUGGUAAAAACUUUGGAUGAGCUGAUGAGUGACGAGAUGAAGAAAUUCCAGUGGUUCCUGAUCAAUCACAAGAGGUAUAACAUUGAGCCCAUCAGAAAGAGGGAGUUCGAUGGCAACGUAAGCAGGGAGAUCACCGUGGAGCUGAUGGUGAACAAAUACAACAAGAAUGGGGCUCUGGGUGUCACAGUGAAUAUCCUGAAGGAAAUGAACCAGAAUACACUUGCUGAGAAGUUGAAGACAAACGCAAACAUUCUCAAAGGAGCGGAGAAGAGCACUGCAAAGGAGAGCACUGCAAAGGAGAGCACUGCAAAGGAGAGCACUGCGGCGAAGAGCACUGCAAAGGUGAGCACUGCGGCAAAGAGCACUGCAAAGGAGAGCACUGCGGCAAAGGGCACUGCAAAGGAGAGCACUGCGGCAAAGGGCACUGCAAAGGAGAGCACUGCGGCGAAGAGCACUGCAAAGGUGAGCACUGCGGCAAAGAGCACUGCAAAGGAGAGCACUGCGGCAAAGAGCACUGCAAAGGAGAGCACUGCGGCAAAGAGCACUGCAAAGGAGAGCACUGCGGCGAAGAGCACUGCGGCGAAGAGCACUGCGGCGAAGAGCACUGCAAAGGAGAGCACUGCGGCGAAGAGCACUGCAAAGGAGAGCACUGCGGCGAAGAGCACUACAAAGGAGAGCACUGCAAAGGAGAGCACUGCGGCGAAGCGCACUGCAAAGGAGAGCACUGCGGCGAAGAGACCUAAGGCGAAGGGACCUGCAAAAACAGAGCCGUUCUAGAUCAAGAGAAUGGGUCCAUAUAGCAUACUUUAUUUUAGUAAAUUGACUUGUCAGAGACCAGUUUACAUUAAUAAAGAUAUUUCAGAAGAUUUCAAUUUUCUUUUAUAUACUGUAUUUUCUUAAGCUUUUCUCAGAAUAUUUGGAAUUUUACAACCUGACAAUUAAAUAAAAAUCAUAAUUUUCAAGAA